UCUCCACCCCAAAUGACACUCAAUUUUAUGGUGGGUCGUGAAGAAAAAUAUUCGUGGAAAAUAGAUAAAUUUUUCUUUUGCUAAUUUUCUAGAGUUUCCCAGUGUUUUCCGCGACACUUGCACACAAUGGGGCUAUGCAAGUGCCCCAAGAGACUCGUAACAAAUCUCUUUUGUUUCGAACAUCGCGUAAAUGUGUGUGAAAAUUGCAUCGUUACGAGCCACCCAAAGUGCAUUGUCCAGUCGUAUCUACAGUGGCUCAAGGAUAGUGAUUACAACUCUUCCUGCGCUCUGUGCGGAGAAAAUUUAGACACUGACGAAUGUAUUCGUCUAAUUUGCUUUCAUGUAUUUCACUGGAAAUGUAUAAAUAGUAGACAGGAAUCCCUGCCGUCGAAUACAGCUCCUGGUGGUCAUUCGUGUCCUACGUGUGCUGAGAAGAUUUUCCCUCCGGCACACCUUGUCUCGCCGGUGGCUGAUGUGUUGCGAAGUCGCCUGUCGCAGGUGAAUUGGGGCAGGAAUGAGCUGGGAUUGCCCCUGCUGGCGGAAGAGAAGAAGGAUAUGCGCAAUGCUAUUGCUGGACCCAGUCAAGGAGCAUCGGGAGUGACGAAUACAAAGGCUAAUAAGGAUAACUGGGAUGCCUAUCAGCAACCUCAGUCGCAUUCUGUCCUCAAUAUCGACACAUUCAAUGCAAGCAGCCGACGUCCUCUGCUAGCCAGAGAGCCCCCAAUUGGGGCUGCAGAUCGCGAUGAGAAUAAAUACAAACGUCGACCAAUUGGUGAGAUUGUAAAUCGCUGGACGAGGCGCCUCUACAGCCCAACAUCACGUCCCCCGUGGCGUCGUACGUGGUUCAUCUGCCUCUCAGGGCUGCUUGUCUUUGUCCUCGUGAUCUACGUGAUGGCCAAAGUGGGACGUAGUGGGAACAGCGAUGGCUUCUUCGAUAUUAACUCCAAUCCCAACAUAAAGUUUGAAUAGGAAUCCUUAUCAUUGAUGUCGACACUCAAGAGGAUUCAAAGGACGAUGGAAUGCUCUCCGGGAGAAGGCACAACCACGACGGCGGAAGAGAAUGGCAAGCAUUCCACAAAAUACAUUUUAUCGCACUUCUCUAACAUCCCCAAAGUCUUAUCAAGAAGAAUAAUCCCCAAAAAAAAUCCUUUAAUUUCCCUUCCGAUAGUGUUUUUUUUUAUUAGAAUUUAUUUUAUAUAUCAGUGUUAAAGAACGAACGCAAGAACAUGUUGCAAUUUAUUCAGAAUAAGAGGGAGAAUUAAUUCGAAA